UCACGGCUGGAUGAAUAAAGAUCACCCUCCACAUGCAUGAAGGAACUCUUCCCCUUCCAUUCAGCUUCUCCACUCUCCACCGCCAGCUCAAGUAAACAACCGCCGCCUCCGCCGCCAUGAGUGCCAUGAAGUUCUGCCGCGAAUGCAACAACAUUCUUUAUCCGAGGGAAGACAGAGAGCAAAAGAUUCUUCUCUUUGCCUGUCGCAACUGCGAUCACCAGGAGGUUGCCGAUAACAACUGCGUAUAUCGGAAUGUGAUAGCUCACGAGGUAGGCGAACAAACACAGAUUUUGCAGGAUGUGGCCGCUGACCCUACUCUUCCGCGUACCAAGGCCGUCAAGUGUGCCGUAUGUGGUCAUCCAGAGGCUGUUUUCUUCCAGGCUACGAGUAGGGGAGAGGAAGGGAUGACCCUCUUCUUCGUCUGUUGCAAUCCGAGUUGUGGCUAUCGAUGGAGAGACUGAUCGAAUUGAUGUCGAUAUCGAGUUAACUUAUUGAUUUUCCUCCCUCUUGAUUGGAUUUAAGAAUAAAGAGAGUGUGAAUUUGUUCGAACUAAAUGGUUUGAAUUGGGCUUUGCAAAUUAUGUUGUUCAAACUUAUUUGAAGUUAGAUUGAUGAGGAAGUGAAUGGAUACUCUUUAUGUUUUUACGAUAUA